UACCUUUAGUUUAGAGUUUAGAGGUAGCUCACCAAAAACUCCUCAAAUCUCAACUCUAAAAACAGUAGUGGACCAUCACUAUUCAAUUUCACUACAAUCAAAUCCAGCACCAUCACAAUGUACCGCGCAACCCAUUUCCGACGGUCAAUCUCUCUCCUCCACCGCCAUUACCACCAAACUCCAAACCCCCAAAACCCCUUCUUAAACCCUCGUCAAUUCUCUUCUCUCUCCUCUGACCCACCCUCUUCUUCUUCCUCUGAAACCCGCAAAUACAUCGGAUACUUCCUCCUCCUCUUAGGUUGUGGCGCAGGAACAUACUACUCUUUCCCACUCCCAGAAAACGCAAAACACAAAAAAGCUCAACUCUUCAAAUAUGCUCCACUUCCUGAAGAUCUUCACACCAUCUCUAAUUGGAGUGGUACCCAUGAAGUUCAUACCCGCAAUUACUUUCAACCCGAAUCAUUACCCGAACUUGAGCGUCUUGUUAAGGAAGCCCAUCAAAAGGGUAUCAAGAUUAGGCCCGUUGGGUCUGGCCUUUCUCCUAAUGGGGUUGGGCUUUCUAGGGCUGGGAUGGUUAAUUUGGGCUUGUUGGAUAAGGUUUUGGAGGUUGAUAAGGAGAAGAAGAUUGUUAGAGUUCAAGCUGGGAUUAGAGUUCAGCAACUUGUUGAUCAGAUUAAAGAGUUUGGGCUUACUUUGCAGAAUUUUGCUUCUAUUAGAGAGCAGCAAGUUGGGGGCAUUCUUCAGGUUGGUGCACACGGGACUGGUGCAAGAUUGCCUCCCAUUGAUGAGCAAGUUAUUUCCAUGAAAUUGGUUACCCCUGCCAAGGGAACUAUAGAACUCUCCAAAGAGAAAGAUCCAGAGCUAUUUUAUCUCGCUCGUGUUGGUCUUGGAGGACUUGGAGUGGUAGCUGAGGUCACCCUCCAGUGUGUUGAUAGGCAGGAGCUUGUGGAGCACACUUACAUCUCUAAUAUGGAUGAGAUAAAGAAGAACCACAAGAAACUACUCUCUGAAAAUAAGCAUGUAAAGUACUUGUAUAUCCCAUACACGGAUUCUGUUGUGGUUGUGACAUGCAAUCCUGUAUCAAAAUGGAGACGUCCAAAGAAUUUCAAACCUAAAUAUACUAAAGAUGAAGCGCUUCAACAGUUACGUGAUCUGUACAAGAAUUCAUUGGAGAAGUACAGAGUAUCUCCUGCCGAGAAUGAACCAGACGUAAACGAGCUCUCGUUUACAGAGCUAAGAGACAAACUUCUUGCUUUAGAUCCUCUGGAUACUGACCAUGUCAUCAAUGUGAAUCAAGCUGAAGCUGAAUUCUGGACAAAAUCAGAGGGAUAUAGAGUGGGCUGGAGUGAUGAAAUCUUAGGGUUUGAUUGUGGAGGUCAACAGUGGGUCUCAGAGACAUGUUUCCCAGCUGGAACCUUAGCAAAGCCUACCAUGAAGGACCUCGAGUACAUAGAGAAACUGAAGCAACUGAUAGAGAAGGAAAGAAUUCCUGCACCUGCUCCCAUUGAGCAACGAUGGACUGCUCGGAGUAAGAGUCCUAUGAGUCCAGCAUCAAGCUCAUCAGAUGAUGAUAUAUUCUCUUGGGUUGGUAUCAUAAUGUAUCUUCCCACUAUGGAUCCUCGCCAAAGGAAGGAGAUAACGGAGAAAUUCUUCCACUACAGAUUUUUGACACAAACGCGGUUGUGGGAUAUCUACUCUGCUUAUGAACAUUGGGCAAAGAUUGAGAUUCCCAAGGACAAGGACGAGCGCAUAGAUUUGCAAGCAAGGUUAAAGAAGCGUUUUCCGGUGGAUGCAUAUGUCAAAGCACGAAAAGAAUUGGACCCAAACACAAUCUUGUCGAACAACAUGAUUGAGAAGCUAUUCCCAUUAUCAGAAACCGUAUGAAAAGUAUCAAGCAUAAACUAAUCAUGUUGUUUGGGUUUGUUUCAUGUGAAUUUUUUUGAUAUUAAAGUCCUCAAUGUGUUCAUCGAGUAGUUUUUCUUGCUUUUUGAACAUAUACAACAUAGUGAGGUAGUUGAUGGAUUUUAACAUGUGAAUGUAAUAGUCAUUUGAUAACACCUUAUACAAUAAAAGUUCUAGUGAGGUAGUGAAUGCCUCUUCUUUUUCA